AUGUCUCCUGACUGGAUAAGACCCCCUAACAGGGGUCACCAGACACCUUAUACAGGAGCGUUCCCACGGGCAUCAUGGAGAUCCCAGAGGAAGGAGCAGGCAGCCAUCUUUGCUGUUCUAGAGCCUCCACUAGUGACACCUCCAGGGGUGGGAGGGACCCAGGCAGAUGCUGAGAACAAAACAUCUCAUGAUAUGGAUAUUGGCCUGAGUAUAGCCAAUAGCUCAGGGUUUCAAGUGGCUGAGUUCAUUCUGAUGGGGUUCCCAGGCAUUCAUGAGUGGCAGCUGCUCUCCCUGCCCCUGGCUCUGCUCUACUUCUUAGCUCUUGGUGCCAAUCUCCUCAUCAUAAUCACCAUUCAACAUGAGACCAUGCUACAUGAACCCAUGUACCAUUUGCUGGGCAUAUUAGCAGUGGUGGACAUUGGCCUGGCCACCACCAUCAUGCCCAAGAUCCUGGCCAUCUUCUGGUUUGAUGCCAAGGCCAUCAGCCUCCCCAAGUGUUUUGCUCAGAUCUAUGCCAUCCACUCUUUCAUGUGCAUGGAGUCAGGCAUCUUCCUCUGUAUGGCAGUGGAUAGAUAUAUGGCCAUUUGUUAUCCCCUUCAGUACACUUCCAUAGUUACUGAAGCUUUUGUCAUCAAAGCCACACUGUCAGUAGUGCUCAGGAAUGGCCUGUUGACCAUGCCAGUGCUGGUAUUGGCUGCCCAGCGACACUACUGCUCCAGGAAUGAGAUUGAUCACUGCCUGUGCUCUAACUUGGAGGUCACAAGUCUGGCCUGUGAUGACACCACUAUCAACAGGUUUUACCAGCUGGCCUUGGUUUGGGUUGUGGUUGGGAGUGACACGGGUCUGGUCUUUGCUUCCUAUUCUUUGAUUAUUCGCUCAGUGCUGAAGCUGAACUCUGCUAAAGCAACAUCUAAGGCCCUGAAUACCUGCAGCUCCCACCUUAUCCUCAUUCUCUUUUUCUACACAGCUAUUAUUGUAGUAUCUGUCACUCACCUGGCAGGAAGAAGGGCUCCCUUCAUCCCUGUUCUCCUCAAUGUGCUGCAUAUUGUCAUCCCCCCAGCCCUUAACUCCAUGGUAUAUGCCCUUAGGACCCAGGAGCUGAGAGUGGGCUUCCAGAAGCUGCUUGGUUUGGGCAAGCAUGUGUCCAGGAAGUGA